AUGGAAGACGACGGUGCCAGAACAGAGCUUGGAAAUGACCAGGAGAGCAAUGUGGACGCAAGUGCGGAUGGAAACAGUCAAACAAGUGAAGCAAAAAAGACAGCAGAAGAGAAAAAACGAGAAGAACUCUUUAGCAGGGAAAAUCUCCAGCGUCUUCUGGCAGAUGCCCUGACCUACAUGUCCCCGGUGAAAGACCUGACAACCAUCGUCAAGUGUGGAGCAGACGUCAAUGGGUCAGUCAAGCGGGGCUUGCGACCCUUACAUUACGCUGUGUACUCCGGCUAUUUGGACGGAAUCACAUUUCUCUUGGAACAUGGGGCAGACGUCAACGCUCCCGAUGAUAUUGGGUACCGACCAGUACAUUUGUGUGCCAGGAAAGGUCAAUUGGAGCCACUAAAGAUCCUCAUUGAACAUGGUGCCAAGGUUGACUUCUUUGUUGAUGAAGAUGACAACUCAGAAGAAAGCCGCAGAUUGGGCUAUCUUACUAUAGAACCGCUUAACAUGGCUCUAGAGAACAACCACGAGGAAUGUGCCCGGUUACUGUUGGCUAGUGGCGCCAAACCUAACCACCACUACUUCCUUGGUUAUGAAAUCAACCUGGUUCCCCUGGAGAAUCUGGAAUGUUUGAAAACUCUGCUGGAGUUUGGAGCCGAUCCCAAUGUGUUCAGUCGAUGUGGUCUCUCUCCCCUGAUGAAAGCCUGCAGACAACACAACAUCCGUGCUGUUAGACUUCUCCUGGAGAGCGGAGCAGAUCUCAAUAUACAGCCACCCUCUAGAUUCGAACAGAAAACUGCCAUCCAUUACGCUGUCAUGUCAGGAAGCACUGGAAUCACAAAUGCUUUGCUCAGAAAAGGCGCUCUGUUGGCAAGACCACCUGGAUAUAGGUACUCGGCACUUCACACAGCCAUCUCAAGCGACAACCCCGACAUGUGCGAGCUGCUGCUCCGAUGGGAUGCUCGCGUGGACGAAGUCACCGACGAGAACGCCACCCCUCUACAGCUUGCCUGCGCCACUCCAGGCCUGAAGAAUCGCCUGAAGAUCAUCCAAGUCCUGCUCAAACAUGGUGCCAAUCCCAACGCCAAUUCUCCAUUUGUAAGCUACAGCAGUCCUUUCCUGGCCCCUCUUACUGAAUAUUUACGAUGCGUUACAGACGAGGUGGAAUACGAUGUUGUCCAUGCGCUAAUUGUCUUUGGCUCUAAAGUCCAUUUUCGAGCUGCGUCCACUUCAAGUCGAGCCAAAGAUCCUCACGGAAUCCUCCAUUGUGUUCAGUAUCUGAAGGACAAACCUGAAGUACUUCACCUGCUGAUCGAGGCCGCUACAGGAUUUGACGUGGACUCUAUCAGUGCAUACAGCAGCUUGUCCUUGGAGCAGAAAGACAUUCUCUUAUCGGUAGCCACAGGUCCCAGAAGUUUGAGAACCAUCAUUCAUCUCUUCCUGAGAGACUAUCUGCAGCCUAAGUUUAUAGAAAACGUCGCAGGAAUGCCUCUGCCUGACAUUGUCAAACAUUAUCUCAUGUUUCAUCCAUCAAAGAGUAAUGUUACUGUGUAA